AUGACUGGACGAAUAUGGAGGGAGGGACAGCAUGCUAUGUGCAGCCCCAUCCCAGAUUUGGUAAUUGUACCCGACGUCACUUCCGAUCAUAUCCCGGAACAAUACAGCCCAGAAUUACUAUCUAUACCCGGAAAUAUUUGGCUGACGUCACGAAGUUCGGGAUCAUCAGCGCGAGCUAGUAGCAUCACUUCAUCAAUUUUUGAUCUCUCGAGUGAAUCGGAACAGUUGGAAAAGGCUAUCAAAGAAAAUGAUACGUACAUAAUUAAAAAAACACUUGAUUUACAUCAUGCAAAAUUCCCAAUUUGUUUUCAAAAAGAUCGUACUGAUAGCCGAACUUCAGACAGAUUAAGCUACGAGUCCCGGAGUAGACGCACUAGUAGCCGGUGCAGCCAUGAUCCAGGUCUAGCUGAAUACGUUUUACGAAAGAGUCAAACACGAAUCGAUCAGUCGGAGUUCCUAGAUCGACGCGAGAGUAUAACAACUGAUGUGGAUAUCCCGAAUAUAUUUCGAACUUCUAUUCAUUUAGCGACAGUACACAACUCUAUAGAAUCCCUCGGAGUGUUAUUGCGGUAUGGCGUCGACCCUAGCGUUCCGAGUAUCAAUUUGAUAACACAAUCGAGUACAGCUAACGGAAAUAUUCAUAUUGAUUCUGUGAAAAUUAAUACUACUCCCUCCUCCAUCGUCAAUACUAACACAACAACAACAACAACAAGCAAGUCAUCGGCAUUACUGCAUGGACUGAAAGCCAGAAGCAACACGCUCAAUGUCACAAGCGCUGGCUUUCGUCGUCCGUCGAACACUGCUGAUGGUGAGAGCUUCACUUCCACUGCCGGUAAUGAAGGGUUCGCAUCUCCCCAUACAAAUACACUGCACGUGAACCUUGUUGAGGAGAACUUUAAGCAUGAGGUGGAAUUGUCAGCGAGCAGACGACAUUCCGUUCGUUUGGCGGGAGAACAAGGCACUGUUAAAGAAAUUGCGAUUGACUUAGCUAGUAUUUACAGUCAGGAAGAGUUGUUUAACUUACCGCCACUUUUCGCGGCCGUAGUACACGGGAGAGCUCUGAUCGUCUUACUCUUACUGCAAUACGGUGCCGACCCAAAUGUUCAGGACAGGCAUGGAUUGACACCUUUACAUAUUGCAGUGUCCGAACAGUUUUGCAAUCUUCAAUGUGCGCGCGGGUUACUACAAUAUGGAGCUAAAAUCUUAGUGAAAAACGCAAGUGGAGCGUCUCCGUUGGAUAUAUAUCCGACAAUAGGAAGGGAACAACAAAAUGUGAUUAAGGCUGUGCUGACAGGCAAACUAGCGUUGCACUGUCUCAACGAUACCGGUGGUUUUAUUCAUUCAAAUAACAGCGAACAUAGUUUCCAUAGCAACCAGCUAACGGGUAGUGUACACAAUUUCUUCAGGCGUUUCAACAGCUACGAACCCAAAUCAUCAGACUCAAGGAAACGACGGCUACGAAAACACGGAGGAUCCGGUCUCGAUCUAUUUUACGAGGUCAGGGAUCGUGUUCCUUCCAUAACGUCAAGCAGAAGUGGGUUCAGCAGAAUACAAUCGGUCAUUACCGAAGAUUUUGACAGUCAAGCUUCUCUGGUGAAAGUUCCAUCUGGAAAUGAGAAAACGUUAUUUUCAUCACGAUCUAGAAUGAGUCUUAGAAGAGUUGACAGAACUAAACGCCGGAACAGCUGUGUUGCGGACCAAUCAGAAAAAGCCACUCUUGAGGAGACGGAACGAACACUGUAUGCCUUAAAGAAAUUAGCUCAGAAUCCAGAAUGUACCUCGUCCCUCGUAGAUGGACUAGCCAAUUACAUGCGGAUUAUUGUCACCGUGACGGACAGCUCAGAGUGUCCAGCCAUCGAAAAAGCAAUCAGCGAACUGCUAAAUCAAAUUCUGCAGACAUGCUACGAUGAGUUACAAAGAAUUGACUCUUUUGAGGAAAAGUUCAAGAUGUUCUUGUUGCUGACUAAACUUAUGACAACGGCUUUGGAACUUCUUCGUGGCGGUCAGUCUUUACACUUCACUGCUCUCAGUAUCAUCAAUCGUAUCAUUGAUAUCUGCAUCGUCCAUAAGAACCAUGAAAUCACUUCAACAGAGUUUCUACAAAGUACGGACUGUAUACCUCUUCCACCAGGUGGAGCUGUUGGUCAGGAGGGUGUCAGUCCACAACUUAAAAGCCCAAAACAUAAGACAUCAAACAGCAGCCCAAAACAACGUGGAGGGUCCACACAGUGUGCCCACCAUCACCAUGAUGAUUCCGCCACAAGUGCCAACAGCAGUGCUAAUACAUUUCAGAGGAUUUCCUCUGUUCAUUUUAGAAAAAAUUUUGGUGGACAUUCUGAUGGGGGUGGCCACUCCGAAAAGACGGAUGACUCAGAAAAUACAGACAAUAACAAUGCAAAUUCUUGUGGAACAAGCGUUUUAAAAACCCCACUUGAAUUUCUGACAACUUGUGAUCCAAGUCAAAUAUUAAGUGUUCUUCAUAAUAGUAUCACCAUGCAUAAACGUAUCAUUGGAACUCGGCAGAAAUGUACACCAAGUACUCGUUCACGUUUUUGUACCCAUCACUGUUUACAAAUCCUAAGUGCCCGGAUCCUUGUUGUAAUGAGUCAUGGACUUCAGGUCCAAUACCGAAUUGUAGGGGGUGGACAUAUCAAAACUCUCGUUGAGGCCUUAGACCCAAAUCAUGAUCCGCAUUUACUGUGCCUGUUGCUACAAUCGCUAGCCUCCAUCGCCCUUACACCCAGUCACCAUCAGGUUCUUAGUGACGCGGACAUUGCUGACAUGUUGAUGCAGCUACUGUUGCCUAGCGACGAGUGGUAUUACACCAAUCACAGCACCAAGUAUGCAAAGUUCGUCAAGUACCAUGCCGCUCGUAUUCUUGUGUAUAUGGGACUGUUACACAAAUUGGGUGGUCGUGUCGACUUGUUUGACAGAAAGCCUUUCAAAGAACUGUCAACCAAUGCCUAUUUACAAGUGCACUCCCCAGAGGAUAGUUUUAUAGAACUGAUGGCUAUGGGACAGGUCGUCAUGUGGAAUGAUAACCAACAUCUACAGGCCGCUUCUCUGGAGGGUUUGGUGGCCAAACUUAUACAGGAAGCAAUGAACGAUGAAAAUGAGGGGGAUGGAGAAAUCUAUGAUCUCACUCUCUCCUCCUCCAUACAAAGUAUUUGUGGUCUGAUGGAUAAUCAAUGUAGUACAAUGCUGACGCCAUUCACAUCUCCGACCUGUUCCUUACAAUUCCUCGCAGAGACAGAUAGUAAACCGUUCAGAGAACUUUUACUUAUGGGUCUUCCGAUGCUUGUACAUCCGGUUAUAAUUUUACGUCUUCUUGCUCAUAAGGUUUUUGGAAAUAUGAUACGGAGAAAGUCAUUAUUUGCAGAGACAAAAUUAAAACCACCACCUCCAGAAAAUCUAGAACAGUCCGAUAUGUGUCCACCUCGUAGCAAUUCAGAAGGAGCCAAAUUUCACGAUAUUAAACGGGAAGUGAAUCGCAGAAGGCGAUCUCAUCACCCGGUCAUUACAAAAUCUUCAUCCGAGGAACUAGAUUCUCCAGCAAUAUUAAAUAGUCCUGUGGAGCGAGAAUUUGUCAAACAAAAUGGCAUUCAAACCAAAAAUGGCACAACUCAGCGAGCACUUCGUGCCAUUGGGACAAGUCUGGCUAACCCUUUUGAUUCAAAUCAGCAACAACAACAACAACAAAAUCAGCAGACAACAGACAGCCACCAGAUUAAUAAUACAGUGAGUAGUUCUGACUCCUCUGGAGAUGUGAAAUCAUCUGCGUCCAAAUCAAGACUGUUUCAUUGGCCAAGUAAAAAGCGGUUGUCAAAAUCGCAAAGCAAUGUGUCUUCAAAGGAUAGCCAGGAUAUCAACACUGGAAGUUUGGACAAAGCUGAUUCAAAAUCUUCAGUAACAUCAUCAGAAAAUGAUAUUGACAUUCUGGCUUUUCAAAGAGAGCUUAUAAACCUUCCAACGUUUGUAAUGGACACACCAGCAACAGACGUAUCUCCUAUGUUCUCAAGAUGUAGUUCUGUGCCAGAAAAUUUAGCAUCAAGAAUGAGUAACAAUGAUUCUACUACUCCAGAAAUGUCUACAUAUGGUUCAGACCAUCUUCAUUUUGUGCAAAGACGAGGGAAAGGCGAAGAUUUUGGUUCCGAUCAAGCUUUAAGUAAUUUGCCUAAAUCACCGUCAAAGGUUACCAUAACAACCACUGACUUUACCCAGCCACCGCACCAGUGUGUGGGAGCUUUAACCUUGACACUUCCUACUCAGUCGUCCAUUGAUGAUGUCGAGGAAAAUAUUGCCAAUAUCACUGUGCGCUUUGAAGCUCCCGCAUCACCCAUUUCUAGUUCAAGUCAGAGCCCACAAGCAUUUGAUUUUCCUUAUCCCUUUGAACAUUUGAAACUCACGGCAAAUCAUGUUUUGAUAAAUGAAAAGUCAUCAGCAAAUCAGGUUGUACCAACUACAUCUAAUUUUCUCAUUCCUUCACCAACAUCUGCUGCAUCACCAACAGUUACCACCGCUUCUACUGCAUCACCAUGGUCACCGUCAUGUAUGUCACAAUCAUCUAUUACAACCAACCUUCCACAUUCGGAAAUUCCAGGGGCCCACCGAGGGGUAUUACGGGUAGUAGAGACUUGGAUACGAGUAUGUAGCAAUGACCUUGACUGCAGUAGCCUCAUUGUGCAUGAGAUGCGUGACUUUCUCAGGAAAAUGUCUGUUCUCGGACAUGAAUAUAAAGCCUGGUGCCAGAAAAUUGGAGGAUUACUCCAUUUAGAGGAAAAAAACGUGAUGAAACAAAGAUCUCUGAAUGCUGAUGACCCAGAUAAUGUGAAUGCCCAAUACAAAAAGCUGCAGCAGCUUGUUGUGGCUGGUGACAUUCCAUGUUCUAAAGAAGAAGCUGCCACCCUAGCCAGUAUACAGUUACAUAUAGAAGAGGCAUGGCCUGAACAUAACCUUCCAAACCACGCCCACACCAAACCCCCUGACCUUACCUUUCUCCAUGGGGGUAAACUCAUCGACCACAAACUUUGGGCUAAGUCCACUGACCCACAGGAAAACCUUCGUAAACGAAAGGAACUGAUACGAAACAAUCGUGCUGGACGUAUUACAAGUUCCCGUCGUAAAGGGCGUUUAGUUCGUCAGCUUUCUUGUGUUAGUAAUAAGGACUUGGAUGUUGGAAGUGAAGUGGAUCUCACCAAAUUUCUUCCACCGGAUUUUAAUUCCUCAAAGAAGAUUCGAUGUAUCAUUCAAGAAAAACAGAAACAGUUGUGGCAUACCCCAUAUUACGACAGCGAGAUAAAAUUGAAACAGCAAUAUAUCAAAAUCUGUAAAAACCUGCCAUCAUUUGGGUGUAAGCUGUACCAGGUGAAGGAACUCCUGAGAGGCAACACCCAGAAAAAGGCUGUUCGCUUGCUGGGAAUCGCCACAGACAAAAUUGUGUUGUUGGACAACAAGACAAAGCUCUUGCUAAAAACACAGAGUAUACGUGAUCUUGAAGAAUGGAACACAGGGAGUGGAAAAUACCAUGAUGGCCUGGUGCUGGAGUUUCGGGGUACCAAACCUUGGCACCUUUCCAUGGCAACCCUUGACAACCUGAAAUCUGUAACGGCUGUAUUAUGGGAUGCCUUGGAUAUGGAUGGAAGGUUCCUAAACAAUGGAACGCUUCGUCGGGAUAGCUUUGAGUUUGAUUUCCAUAGAAAGCCACCCUUGCUACGGCCAGCUUUGGAGGGAGGAAGUAAAUAUUCAGAAGAGCUGGAAAAUCUUCAAAGACUGUUACAUUUCCCCGAAGAGGUUGCGAUAUUACUGACAGAUAUGGAGCACACUUUGUUUAACGAGAUACCGCCAUCACAUUAUAUACGCCAAGUGACCACAGACCUGUCCAGAGGGUCAACUGUCUACCGAAAACUGUCCAGCGUCGAGGAUCUCAUACAAAGGUUUAAUGAGGUGAGUUCCUGGGUAACGCAGUUGAUUAUUACCCAGCCAACACAUGAGGAUCGUAAGGCAAUACUCUCUUGUAUCCUACGUCUUGCCUUUUACUGUUGGUGCCUCGGCAAUUUCAACACCACCAUGGAGAUUGUCGCUGGACUCAAGUCUGAGAAGCUUAAGCCAUUUUGGCUGUCAUUAUGUGACGAGGACUUGUCAACUCUACACAUGCUCUCUAACUUUCUGUUGUCGCGGGAACUAACCCAGGAAUACCGAGAGGCAGUUGGGCGUGGCCUUGACAUUCCAACCUGUAAAGUAGUGCCAUUUUUUGGUGGAUUCCUUCGAGAGCUCCGAGCGCUUUUCAUUAAUGUUCCAAGUAUCAUCGUUCUACCUUCAAAGGAAAACCAGUCACUAGAGUUUAUCUCGGAUUUUAAUGGAGAAGAUCGUUUCAUGACGAGGAUCGGCGUAGGAGGCCUUAUCAACAUGGACAAACUACAACAGACCCAUACAAUCCUCAAUGACAUCAGUCUCUUCCAUCACCAUGGGAAGGGCCAGGAAACUGCACAGAGAGAGGAGGAAGAGGUCAAAAGGUCAGAAAAUGACUGCGAGAGUGAUUAUGACCUUGACCUUGAUUCCUAUCAGCCUGUUCAGCCAAUCAUGAAUGACCAUGAAGUGGUUGUCAUAACUCCCAAACUGGCUGGCCUGAGUCAUCAUUGGUUACAGUGUAUGCACCACGGCAGCACCGUAAUUCAUAUUGAGGACGAUAGCUGUCGAACAUAUGUGUGCUACCUCAAACUUGAACUGGAUAACACAACGCUAACUUGGCGAAAACCGUCAUGGAGCUCACUAAUGCCAGGAAAUACAUCCUACCCUGAUUAUAUGUUAAAGGGUGAAUCGGAUUCCAGCUCCACUCAAGCGUUAAGUAUUCGUUAUACAGGUGGGGAAGAUGUUUACGACACACUAGAGGAAGGUUUUGUUGAUCUCAAACUUAUAAAAGAAAUUUCCCAUGGAAACGAGGAAUCACUAGAUCUUAAUCUAGUUGGAAAACGUCAUAGUAUGGAUGAUUUAGAUGCCAAAGUAAAUAGUAUAUGUAUUCUGUAUGGUUGUGGACAUUUAGAAAACAAACGUUUAUGGUUCGUCGCACCGAAAAACAUGUGUAAAAUCUGGUUGCUAGGAUUACAGAGACUAAUAAAGGCAGCUCACAAACUGCGACGUCAAACGGACAAAAGAAUACAACUUCUGAAGAACCAGUAUCUACAGUUGUAUUACGAAAAUGAGAAGUGUGUGGGGCCUACACCUGCUGAAGCUAUCAAGGUGUUUGGAGGACGUCGUUGGCAUGUGGAGCGACAGCUAAUGAGCACACAAGAUGUCCCCGCCUCAUUCAAACGAACUGGUAGCUUUGUCACCUCUAAAAUAUUCAACAAAAAGUCCAACAAUGCAUUUUCAAAUUCCAAGUCCAGUCCUCGAGGGUCAGCAUCAAUAGCUUCCAAUGUGUCUUCAUCAGACUUACAAAAAAUGUCAUCUCAGAAAGGCCAUCGGACACCUAGUCCUCUUCGUAAAAACAAGUUAUCUGAUCUCAGCAAAUCUUCAGUGCCAAGUUCCAGUGAUCCAAACCUGCACCAGAACCAGACUGUUCAAAAGCCAAAUGGAAGUCCAAGUCUCGGUUUCAGGCCUAGAAGCAUGACAUUCAGUUUUACAAAUCGUUAUCGAUCAAAACGUCGUCGUAUGUCGUUGGGUAUGCGUACAAACGACAACAAAAUGACUCCAAUUACAGACUCUUCUCAGCUGACAUUCCUGGAUUUUGUAGAUUUGUUCAAAUCCUUCAGUCUGCGAUGUAGGCGAGAUCUCAAGGACUUGUAUGAACAACUGGCUUUGACAAUGAAACCAACACCAGGGAAAGACAUUCCGACGGCUCUCAGGACACAUGCCUACAAUUCAGCUGGAAACGAUACAUGCAUAAUAACUAGAAACAAUGCCUUAGAUUUGACGAAGGACAGCCAACAGCGACGCAAGAUUUGUGACGCCAUUGCUGUCGCAAGUAUUGUUGCCAACUGUGCUGGGGUCGAUACAUCACAGAACAGGUGUAUCGGUCUGAAAGAGUUCCGUGAAUUUCUGGGCGAUCACCAGGAGGAAUAUCUAGAUGACGAGGAAAUUAUUGAACUCAUACAGCGUCAUGAGCCAGACAAGUUUCUCCGGGAAACUUGUUGUCUGUCUUUUGAAGGAUUUGCCCGUUUUCUCAUGGAUAAGGACAACUACGCUUACCUUCACGAGAAAACAAAACACAAUGAUGAGGAUAUGGACCACCCACUAUCUCACUAUUACAUUGCAUCAUCACACAACACCUACCUCACUGGUCAUCAGCUGACAGGAGAGUCCUCAGUCGACCUCUAUAGCCAGGUGUUGUUGAUGGGCUGUCGCUGUGUGGAGUUAGAUUGCUGGGAUGGAGAUGACGGAAUGCCAAUUAUUUACCAUGGCCAUACCCUUACAACCAAAAUAUCCUUCAAGGCUGUUGUGGAGGCCAUUAACAAGAGUGCCUUUGUGAUGUCUCCCUACCCAGUGAUCCUGUCCAUAGAAAAUCAUUGUUCCAUCAUUCAGCAGCAGAAGAUGGCGGUCAUCUUCCAGAGCGUGUUUGGAGAAAAGCUGGUAACUUCAUUCUUGUUUGAGUCUGACUUCUGUGAAGAUCCACAGCUACCAUCACCGUGCCAACUCAAAUUCAAAAUUCUUGUGAAGUACAAGAAAAUCCGUCACCAAGAAAGUUACACCCUAAAAAAGGUACCGUCCUGUCCUAGAACAAACAGCAUGGUCUCAACUGAAAGCACCUCCAUCUCCAUCAACGACUUUGAUGAUGAUGACGAUGAUGAUGAAGAUGAGGAUGAGAUAGGCGAUGUAAAAGAAUUACGGACAUCUGUCGACAGUCAGGACAGUCAGACAGGAGACCAAGAUGACAAGGGACGUAACUCUGGUUCUACACGAGCAAGAACUGAUUCGUUCCUGGACUAUCAGCCAUCAUCUGGAUCAUUUGGGGAGAAGACGCGACCAAAGAGUCACCCAGACCUUGACUGGCAGUUUGAGGAUGACCUGCAGGAAAUGAAAACACCACUGAAAACCAAACAAAAGAAGGCAAGUCAGAUUGCAAAAGAGUUAUCUGACCUUGUCAUUUAUCUCCAGGCCAUCAAGUUCCGAGGAUUAACUGUUAGUCCAAACACUUCAAUGAGGAAGAAGCCAGCUGGCAAGAAAGUAUUGUUGGGGAGUAAUCCUGGAACUCCACCACUUACUUCAGAUAAACCAGAUAUGAACAUUUUCUCUGGGUAUUCCCGUCAGCGUCGUCCAGAUAGCACUCCUCCGUGUUAUCUAGUGUCUUCCUUAAAUGAGAGCAAAGCUAAACAACAUUGUCGACGUAAUCCCAUCGGUGUCAUCAAUCAUACAGAAAAACAGCUGAUGCGGACAUACCCUGCGGGCAUGAGAAUUGAUUCUUCAAAUUUUAAUCCCGUCAUUUUCUGGGCCUUUGGAAUUCAGAUGGUUGCCCUGAAUUAUCAGACAGAGGACACAGCCAUGAUUUUGAACACGGCCAUGUUUGAGCAAAAUGGACAGAGUGGUUAUGUCCUGAAGCCAGCCACUAUGUGGGAUAAAAGUCACAUGAUGUAUAACCACUUCAAUCCGUGGGACAAGACUUUUGAUGGUCUUCAUGCUACAGUUCUUACCAUCCAUGUAAUAUCGGGUCAGUAUGUGAGUAACAACCACACAGCCAGUACUUACAUAGAAGUUGAACUGCUCGGCAUCCCAGUUGACUGUGCCAAACAUAAAACAAAGGUUGUACCACGAAAUGCACUCAACCCAAUCUGGAACGACUACUUCACAUUCCACGUGAUGUUUGCAGAUCUUGCCUUUUUAAGAUUCGUUGUUGUAGAUGCUAAUACCAGUCAUAUGGUCUGCCAACGUAUUAUUCCACUCAAGUGCCUUCGCGCAGGAUACCGCCAUGUUCGACUGCGGAGUCCGACCAACCAACCCCUAGAGCUAGCCACGAUCUUCAUCAACUCAAAACAUGAGGAAGAAUCACUGCUGGCGUGCUCUUCCCACGAUAUCAACGGCUGCCAUGACAGUGCCUCAGCAAAACGCCGCCUUGUAUUCGCAAAGGUCAAGGACAUGAAUGAAAAAGAUGCUAAAGAACUGAGCCCAACAGGAGCCAAAGUUAAGCGGAGAAUGUUCUUCAUCAGUGUUUUUGGAGUCAAUGCCCCAGAUAAAUAUGUUAUUCUCAAGGUCACACAGGACACAACAGUUUACGAUACCAUAGCUCAGGCCCUGAUGAAAGCCGGCCGUGUCGAGGAGAAGGUGACUGAUUACGUCUUGGUUGAGGAGGUUCAGAGUGGAUGGGAACGUUCUAUGUCUCAGCGUAUCCUAGACAUGAUGGAGAAAGUCCUUAUAGCUCAGAACCAGUGGAAGGGGGCUGGUAAAUUUCUCCUACGCAAACUCAGCGAUGAUCCCAGCAGCCGAGCAUGGAUGACUACAAUGUUGUCAAUUGAACAUAGACGAAAGGUGGAGGAAUCUGCAGACACAGCUGACUGGGACAGCGUGGAACAAGUAUUCCUUGUGUGUGUGUACAAUGUAGCCCCAGACCAGCCAUAUACAAUCUUCAAAGCUCCCACUUCGAGCACGGCCCAGGACAUCAUCACACAGGCAAUGAUGAAGGCACAUCGGACAGACACAGACAACUUACGUAAACUAGUUCUAGUUGAGGAACUGGAAAUGACAGCAACAGAGUCACUAGGGGUCCAUGCGCGGCGCCAUAGUGGAGAACAUAUUGAACGCAGAAUUCUAUCUCCAGAUGAAAAUGUUUAUACAGCCCAAUCGGAAUGGAUAACCAACGGAAGAUUUGUGAUCAUGGAUUAUGCAGAAUUCGAAUCUAGUGAAAAUCAGGAUAAGAAGAAGGGCAAAUCAGCAAAGACAAAAUCAGAAAAAGGGAUUAUCGCCAAACAAAAGAGUACAAAACGCCUGUCAAAGUCUUCAUCUGUUCCUCCAGAGAAAGAUCUCUUUUGUUCUGCCACUUCAGGUUCUUCAAGUGGUGGAUCCUCGAUCUUUCCUGACCUUAGUCAAGCUCUUUUAUCUCAGCAGGCCACACCAAAGACUUCAUCCAAGCUCAAGAAGUUUUCAGCCAAAUUUUCAUCCAAGUCUUCUAAGUGA